UUUCUCUUCUGUUUAACACUCUCUACACAAAGUUUGAUAUCAAAGAGAGUGUGAAACAGAAAAAACUUUAGAGAGGAAAAAAAAAUGGCAAGUGUUGCUAGUUUCAUUCCAUUAAUAUUUAUGUUUCUUACUCAAUUAGCCUAUGCUGGAAUGAAUAUUACCUCAAAGCUUGCUAUUCUUGGUGGCAUGAACCCUCUUAUCCUUGUUGCUUAUCGUCAAAUCUUUGGAACUAUUGCCAUUGCUCCCUUUGCAUAUUUUCUUGAACGGGAUAUGGUUCCAAGGAUGACAAAGCGCAUUAUGGUUCAGAUUUUGUUAUCUUCCAUCACAGGAGUAACAGGAAAUCAAGUUCUGUAUUUCGUGGGGCUAAAAUAUUCAACAGCAACAAUUGCAUGUGCACUCACCAAUUUGCUCCCAGCUUUUACAUUUGUUCUUGCAAUCUUAUUCAGACAAGAGAAAUUGGGAAUAAAGACGAAGAGUGGUGUAGCAAAGGUUGUAGGAACCAUUUUGUGUGUUGGUGGAGCAAUACUUUUAUCAUUUUACCAUGGAAAAGUAAUUAGUAUUCCAGACUCAAGUAUUCAUUGGAGUUAUGCACAAAGAGUUCAAGGUGGUAGUGGUGGUGAUUCCUCCUCAAACUCCCUUGUUGGCCCUAUUGCUUUAAUUCUUAGCGCUCUUAUUUGGUCAUUAUGGUUCAUCAUUCAAGCAGAUAUGUGCAGGACUUUUCCAGUACCAUAUACAAGCACAGCAUACAUGUUAUUCUUAGCAAGUUUUCAAUGUGUGAUCAUUGCUUUGUUUUUUGAUCAUAGUGUCUCAUCUUGGUCACUCGUUGAUACUAUGAGACUUACCUCUUCUCUUUAUUCGGGAGUAAUUUGCACUGGGCUUACAUAUUGUAUACUUUCAUGGACCAUUGAAAAGAAAGGCCCACUCUAUGUGUCUGUAUUUACCCCAAUGCAGCUUAUUCUCACAGCUAUGAUUAGUUGGGCUUUUCUCCGGGAGAAAUUAUUCCUUGGAACGGCUAUAGGGUCUGUUCUGAUAGUUGGUGGGCUUUAUGCUGUUUUAUGGGGAAAGAGCAAAGAGAUGGAUAGUAACAGAGUGGAUGAUGCUACUGAUGAUGAAGCAUUGCCACAAGAAGGAAUUAAGAAGAAUGAUAUGGAAAUGCAAUCUUAUUUACCAUCCAAUGGUAACGGCCACAUAUGA